UGUGGUUACAAGACAGGCUUUGGCUGUUUUCUAGAACGUCAUUCUGAUCCCUUUAAAGGUGGGGAUCAUGGCGGAGGAUGCGGGGGAAGAAGGAGGGAGCUGAGGGCUGGAGAGUCUCGGUUGACAUAGUAACUCUUGAGCUCGGUCUCUUUCCCUCAGCUGUCGGGCUCUGCUGCCACCCGCGGCCCCGCCUUUGCGCUCUGCCCGGGAGCCCGGCCGCCUCCUUGCGAGGUCUGCUUGGCCGACGCGCUCAGGUCAAGGACCCUUAAGCACUGACUUCUCCCGGGGUCGGCGGGGAAACCACUCGCGGGGUCCAGACUGCCAGGCAUCGGAGUCUCUUCCUUAUCCUCUUCCCCGGGGCAUCGAUUUUCCUUGGACCAGUUCAGCAGGUGGCGCGGUGCCCUCGCACCAGGUCCCUGCUGGACCAGCCACCUCUCCCCGGGAGCAGGGUGCAGGCCAGCCGGGCGCUCCAGUCAUGCACCAGAGCACCGCGUUCGAGCCCCGAAGGGGAGGCUCUCCCCGGGCUGCCGCCGGAGCCGGCGCUCGGCGUAACGAAAGCCAGGAUUAUCUCCUCAUGGACUCGGAGCUCAUGGACGACGGCUGCCCCCAGCUCCCGCUGCCGCCCUACGGCUACUACCCCAGCUUCCGGGGCACUGACAACAGACUAACUCAUCGGCGGCAGACAGUUCUUCGUGAGAAAGGGAGAAGGUUAGCUAAUCGAGGACCAGCAUACAUGUUUAAUGAUCACUCAACAAGCCUAUCUAUUGAGGAGGAACGCUUUUUAGAUGCAGCUGAAUACGGCAACAUCCCAGUGGUGCGGAAAAUGUUAGAAGAGUGCCUCUCCCUCAAUGUGAACUGUGUGGAUUACAUGGGCCAGAAUGCCCUGCAAUUGGCAGUGGCCAAUGAGCACCUGGAAAUUACAGAGCUUCUUCUCAAGAAAGAAAACCUCUCUCGGGUUGGAGAUGCUUUGCUUCUAGCUAUCAGUAAAGGUUAUGUCCGGAUUGUGGAAGCAAUUCUUAGUCACCCAGCUUUUGCUGAAGGUAAAAGGUUAGCAACAAGUCCUAGCCAGUCUGAACUACAGCAAGAUGAUUUUUAUGCCUAUGAUGAGGAUGGGACCAGGUUCUCUCACGACGUGACUCCAAUCAUUCUGGCUGCCCAUUGCCAAGAAUAUGAAAUUGUUCACACUCUCCUGCGGAAAGGUGCACGGAUUGAACGGCCUCAUGAUUAUUUCUGCAAGUGCAAUGAAUGUAAUCAGAAACAAAAGCAUGACUCCUUUAGCCACUCCAGAUCUAGGAUCAAUGCCUACAAGGGCCUGGCAAGUCCAGCUUACCUGUCAUUGUCUAGUGAAGAUCCAGUCAUGACAGCUUUAGAACUUAGCAAUGAGCUGGCAGUGCUGGCCAACAUUGAGAAAGAGUUCAAGAAUGACUACAAAAAGCUGUCAAUGCAGUGCAAAGACUUUGUUGUUGGACUCCUUGAUCUCUGCAGAAAUACAGAAGAAGUCGAGGCCAUUCUGAAUGGGGAUGUUGAAACAUGCCAGCCCGGUGAUCAGGGUCGUCCAAAUCUCAGCCGUUUAAAACUUGCCAUUAAAUAUGAAGUUAAAAAAUUUGUAGCUCAUCCAAACUGCCAGCAACAGCUUCUCUCCAUAUGGUAUGAGAAUCUUUCAGGUUUACGGCAGCAGACGAUGGCAGUCAAGUUUCUUGUGGUCCUUGGUGUGGCCAUUGGACUGCCCUUCCUGGCUUUGAUUUACUGGUGUGCUCCGUGCAGCAAGAUGGGGAAGAUAAUGCGUGGACCAUUUAUGAAGUUUGUAGCACAUGCAGCCUCCUUCACCAUUUUUCUGGGACUUCUAGUCAUGAAUGCAGCUGACAGAUUUGAAGGCACUAAACUGCUUCCUAAUGAAACCAGCACAGAUAAUGCAAAACAGCUGUUCAGGAUGAAAACAUCCUGCUUCUCAUGGAUGGAGAUGCUCAUUAUAUCCUGGGUAAUAGGCAUGAUAUGGGCUGAAUGUAAAGAAAUUUGGACUCAAGGUCCUAAAGAAUACCUAUUUGAGCUGUGGAAUAUGCUUGAUUUUGGCAUGUUAGCAAUCUUUGCAGCAUCAUUCAUUGCAAGAUUCAUGGCGUUUUGGCAUGCAUCCAAAGCUCAGAGCAUUAUCGAUGCAAAUGACACUCUGAAAGACUUGACAAAAGUUACAUUGGGAGACAAUGUGAAAUACUACAAUUUGGCCAGGAUAAAAUGGGACCCCUCUGAUCCUCAAAUUAUCUCUGAAGGUCUUUAUGCAAUUGCUGUAGUUUUAAGUUUCUCCAGAAUAGCUUAUAUUUUACCAGCAAAUGAAAGCUUUGGACCUCUGCAGAUAUCACUUGGAAGAACAGUAAAAGAUAUCUUCAAGUUCAUGGUCAUAUUCAUCAUGGUGUUUGUGGCCUUUAUGAUUGGGAUGUUCAACCUCUACUCCUACUACAUUGGUGCAAAACAAAAUGAAGCCUUCACAACAGUUGAAGAGAGCUUUAAAACACUGUUCUGGGCCAUAUUUGGACUUUCUGAAGUGAAAUCAGUGGUCAUCAACUAUAAUCAUAAAUUUAUUGAAAAUAUCGGCUAUGUUCUUUAUGGAGUCUAUAACGUUACAAUGGUCAUUGUUUUGUUAAAUAUGUUAAUUGCAAUGAUCAACAGUUCAUUCCAGGAAAUUGAGGAUGAUGCUGAUGUGGAAUGGAAAUUUGCAAGGGCCAAACUUUGGUUUUCCUACUUCGAGGAGGGGAGAACACUUCCUGUUCCCUUCAACCUGAUGCCAAGCCCAAAGUCACUGUUGUAUCUCUUACUGAAAUUUAAAAAGUGGAUUUCUGAGCUGUUCCAGGGUCAUAAAAAAGGUUUCCAAGAGGAUGCAGAGAUGAAUAAGAGAAAUGAAGAAAAGAAAUUUGGAAUUUUGGGAAGUCACGAAGACCUUUCAAAGUUAUCACUUGACAAAAACCAGCUUGGGCAAAACAAACAAUCAAGCAUAAGAAGCUCAGAAGAUUUCCAUUUAAAUAGUUUCAGUAAUCCUCCAAGACAAUAUCAGAAAAUAAUGAAAAGGCUCAUUAAAAGAUAUGUACUGCAAGCCCAGAUAGAUAAAGAGAGUGACGAGGUUAACGAAGGGGAACUGAAGGAAAUUAAGCAGGACAUCUCCAGUCUCCGCUACGAACUCCUAGAAGAAAAAUCUCAGAAUACAGAAGACCUAGCAGAGCUUAUUAGAAAACUUGGAGAGAAAUUAUCCUCAGAACCAAAGCAAGAAGAAAACAAUAGAUAAUGCAAAGAUUUCCUUAGAAAUUCAUAUUUAUUUAUCCACUUGAAGCCAUAUUAUUUUCUGAUUUUUUAAACUGCUAAUGAUAAAAAAGAAAAAGCUAAAUGAUAAUGGGUUACCCUAUCAUCUGGAACCCUAAUAUCUAAUAUUUUUGGUGAUUAAAUUUCAUUAUUUAGCCUAAAGAUAUGGAUUAUGAUGAAAAUUUUGUCCAGUUAUUUAGUAUUUGUUUUAUAAAUUGCUUUUUUGGGUGUCAUAUUGUGAUGAUAUGAUUGCCAGGUGGUAUUUCCUUAGAAUGGGUCUCAGACGCCAAGGAUCUGUUGAUCCACAUUAUUCCCUGUGUGAUUUUUCCUCCAAAGGUGGAGUCAGGUAUCUUCCUGGCUGCUUGGUGUGUUCCCUGUGGGCAACUUCCAGCCCUGAGAUGGGGGGAAAUAAUCUAUGGUCAUUUAAGGGAUACUAAUAGCUCCAAAGAAAAUGAUUAAUAUUAUUUCUGCAAAUUGGGCUUACAUCUGUUAAACUUUUUUAUUUAUCUCUUUGAAAACUUUACACUUAACCAUGAAAAGAUGUUUCCUCCACUUAACUCUGGAAACAUCAUCCAGUUGUGUGUGUAUGUGUGUGUGAAUGUGUGCAUACAUACACAUAAAAUGCUUGCCGUAUUUCUUUUGUAGCUAAUGUGAACACUCAAAACCACUUUAUGUUAUAAGAUAUUUUGGUGACUGAAAAAUUAACAUCCAAAUAAGAAACUUUUAUAGGAAAAGUAUCAAAGUCACAAACACUGUAGCUAUUUAGAACAGUUUUGUGCCAUUUCUGAGGGCAUUUACAGAAGAAUUUUCAUAUUUGGUCACUGAAUGUAAAGGGGAAAAAGUGAUGUGGGGAUUUGCAUAUGCCUGUUAUUCUCAAUAUGUUCUCCUCUCCUCCCCAAAUAUAUAAACAGGAAUUUCCAUUCACAUGCAUUCACCAAGAAGUUGUUGUUAUUAUUUACUAUUGAUGUGAGACAAUACUUUAAAUAACUAAAUAAGAGAAUGGAACUCCAUCUGUUUACCCAGACUAUUGACAUUCAGCUGAUUCUAGGCACCAGCCAGAAAUGCUGCUUUAUAUUCAGGAAAGG